CAGCCUUACCCACAUCCUAACAAGAACAUGUCAGCUUCCAACAUCCAAGCUCAAUCGCCGCAAAGAAUUGCAUCGACGUCAAUAAUUACUCCGAUCCCGAGUCGGAAAGAUUACCGCAAUGGUGAGAACAGCUGGCCGCUCGGCGCCUUAUGGCCAAGCGUGCUUGAGCUGCUUCAAGACCAAAUGCAAGUGCAUUCCUCGCCUUGAAGGCAGCGGAUGCGAAAGGUGUCACCGUCUCAAGCGACCAUGUCAUCCAGCCGACGUGCUACGGAGGCGCAGCGAUAAGAAGCAGAACUCGCCCGACGAUCGCAUCGCCAAACUAGAGGGCACGCUUGGCCAGCUGGUGUCGCUACUCCAAGCGGGCAACGUCAACGUGGAUAUUAUGAACAGUAUAGGAAACGUGGGCAAUAUGGGAAACAUGAGCGACAUUCAGGGCGACAGAGUCAGCCUAUGGUCGCAUCAGCAGCAUCAGCAGCAGCAGCAGCAGCAGAAUUCACCACCACAGCAAGACCAACAUCAACACCAAGAGCAGCAACAAAUGCCACAGUCGCAGUCAAUGCUCGAAGCCGAGGCGACUGAGCAUCACGCGACGACGCUGAUGCAGACCCCUCCCAGCGUCACUUACCAAGAUGUGGUCGCAGAAGGGUCCGGAAGAAGCGACACUGUGGAAGAACCGCGCAACUCUUUCAACGACGAAGACGAGCACACCGGGACUUGCGUCACCGGUGUCGCUGCUCCUUGGUGGGCAACGGACAAUACAAAUGGGUUCAAUGCCAACAGCAUCUCUCUGACUACCCCGCCAUCGACGGUGUUGGACGCGUUCAUGUCGCCGUCUGUAUCUCCGCCAUCUGCAUCAGUCUCUCUCGACACAUUCCGAUCGCGAAUGCUGCAUCACUUCCCCUUUGUUCACUUGCCCACCCACCUCACGGCUGAGCAGCUGCGGAUAGAGCGGCCCUUUCUGUUCCGCGCCAUUGUUUGCGUGACUUCAGCGUCGUCAGAGGACAAGAGGGAAAGCUCCCUCGAGCUAAAACGUGUGCUGUGCGAAAUGGCAUUUCUACAACUGUCGCCGCACCAGAAACAGCACCAACCGCAACAAACAAUCGACUUGCUUCUAGGUCUUCUCGUCUUUAUUGCAUGGGGCUGGGAGCACCUACACAGCCGUCGCAGUCUGUCUCGCCUCAUGGCGGUGGCUACAUCGUUGGCCGGGGAGUUGCGUUCUCUGGACCAAACAGCACCAGAUAUUACGCACACAAUAAGCCAACUCGAACCAAGAGGUGGGUUUGACGAUGUGUACAGCAACACGACGGCCACUACGAUUACAGCGGCAACGGUAUUAGGUGCUGGGUGGACUAAUGCUCGGCUCUACCUUGAGCGGCAGCGAGCCAUUCUAGGCUGCUUUGUGCUUGGAUCGGCCGUCUCAGCCUACUUCUCCCAGGUUGAUGCGCCACGGUGGGUGACUCAGAUGGACGAGGGUCUAGCUGCCAUUACCGCUAGCGGCAGCAGCAGUGUGGGUGCAGAGGGUGUGUCUGAUGCUGCCCUGGCUAUUCAGGUCCGCCUUCAGCUACUUGCUAUGAAGGCCACUCAGGUUCGGGAGCGUGCCCAACUGCCGGACCACCCUCCACCGGAGACACUUUCACCUCAAGCUCUCUUGUGCAUCAAGGGGCUCAUGGGGCAGCUGCAAGAAGUCCGGGCGUCUGUUCCUCAGGCAUUCCAGCAACACUUUGUUCUCCUAGCUCAAACAUACUACACGGAAAUGUGCAUUAUCGACACAAUCCACGUCCCGCCAUCUACUCAUGGACCACCGGCGAGGCCACCACCACCAACAUGUGGGCCUACGCGUCUGUCUUGCUAUUGGCAGUCGGCACUCGCAAUCAAGUCAUGUACAUCGACCUUUCUGACUCUUUCGCCGUCUGGACUCCUUGGCGUCUCCUUCAUCCAGUGGGCCCAGCUGGCACGAUGUGUGGCCACCCUGCAUCAACUUAGCGCAUACCAGGAGCCGGGCUGGGAUCCGGCCGCUCUAAGGGACCUCGUUAAUCUGCCCGUUCUGAUAUCCUGCAUGGCGGAUAAGCUAGAGCUGGCCGCUGCAGAAGCUGGUGAGCACCCAAUGUCAGCCGAUGGCGUGUUCGCCCAACUAGCCCGCGGACUACGAUCAUAUAAGCCGGAUUAUCACGAUAGAGGAUUCCUGGUCCAGCAGGAAGAGUCACGGAGAGAAGCAGAAGAGAGAGAUGGUGCGGUUACGACUACAGCUACGGUUACGGAUACAAACUCAGAGGCGUUGACAUAUGGUCAAGAGGCGGGAUACCUGAUGAGCCCUACGUUAUGGCUUGAUCAAUUCUUCGUUGAUUUUAAAGAUUAAACGAUAUCAACGAUAUCUACACCAUAAGCUUACACACAGCUAUGGGGGCGCAUAUACAGGACUGGAUCUGACACAGUAUUUUCAUUUGAUAGAUACCAUACAUUCACUGUCUUGCUUCUACCUUCUACUUUUCGACAUAGUGAUACGAUAGCUGACUUGCCUGAAUACACGUAAAGAACUGCA